GAGGUGACCUCCUCAAUUGCUCUCUCUUCAUCCUCAUCUCUCUCUCUCUCUCUCUCUCUCUCUCGGUCACAGGUUCAAGCUAUGGGAGAUAAGACGUCCACUAUACUCUUGAAGGUUGACCUUCAAUGCCACCGUUGUUACAAAAGGAUUAGAAAAACAAUAUGCAAGCUGCAAGAGAGAGAGAACAUCCAAAGCAUCAUUUUCGACGAAAAAUCCAACUCCGUUACAAUCUCCGGCCCGUUCAACCCUAAAAAAGUAUGCAAGAAACUAUGUUGCGAAGCUUGCAAUAUCAUCAAAGACAUCCAAAUUAAAGACAACAAAGAGAAAGAGAAGCCUAAAGAUGCUAAACCGGCUGAUAAGCCCAAGGAUGCUAAACCGGCUGAACCGGCCAAAUCAAAGGAUGACAAGCCCAAGGAUGCUAAACCGGCUGAUAAGCCCAAGGAUGCUAAACCGGCUGGUAAGCCAAAGGAUGACAAACCGGCUGAACCGGUCAAAUCCAAAGAGGACAAGCCCAAGGAGUCUGAACCUAAGGCCGAUAAACCCAAGGCAUACGAAGCAUAUCCUCCGAUAUCUGAACCGGUUUUCAUGUAUUCUGGGUAUCAAACUGGACCGGUUUGGUCCAGUUCUAGUUGUGCUUGUGCAGGUCAACCUUGGUAUGACGGGUACUAUGGGGGUAACAGGUAUUGUCGUUGCGCAGCGGGUUCAGGCUCGGGUUAUGGUUGGAUGCCACAAGGCCCAAUAGGCCAAGCAGGCCCAAUUGGCCCACAGGGUGUGGUUUACGGGCAGCCUGUUUAUGGUGGGUACAAGGACUCUCACAAUUUCUUUUGCGAAGAGGAUCCGCAGGCUUCAUGCUCUAUCAUGUAAUAUGUAAUUUGCAUUACUUAUACGUAUAUAUAUCUCCGAUAGUUUCCUUUCAAGAGCAACGAUGCCGGUUUAUUCUUCAUUUGUUCAA